AGAGUUUGGAUCUUGAAACUCUUAAACUUCAACCAUGAGUUCUCCUUGCUGGAAAAUUGAUCAGCGACCAAAAUUUUCUGCUACGCCUCUCAGCUUUCAUAAGUCCAUUUCGGAGAAAACUCACAGAGACAAUAAUCUUAGAGUUCCAAGGAGUUAUGUGAAGAAAUAUGAAAAGAAAUAUGGAGAAGAGCUAUCAAAUAUCGUACAUCUUAAGCUUCCAUGUGGUACAGAAUGGGAAAUAGAAGUCACAAGACAUAAUGGUGUCUUUUGGUUCGACAAGGGUUGGGAAACCUUAUGCAAGUUUUACUCCAUCGAGUAUCGCUACUCGCUAGUUUUUCAAUAUGAAGGGAAUUCUAGAUUCAAAGUUAACAUAUUUGAUAGAACAAACUCAGAGAUUGAGUAUCCUAUCAAAACCCCCAAGAAGGAAGAAAAUGAUGUAGAUGAUCAAUUUCCACCGGCUAGUCCUCUGCUGCCUCAAAAGAACAAUAUAGCAAGUUCAAAUAUUGGUGACAAAAAGGAUCUUCCUGCGGAAGUAGAUGAGGGAGACAAGUCUAGUAAUACUCAAAGAUCACAAAAACCAACAACUGAGGUUCUUGGGAGGAUGCACCCUUCGACUACAAGAGGAAGUGGAGCUGUACAGACAGUUAAAGAAUUCAAGUACACUGAGCAGCCUUCUUGUUUUUUGGUUCCUAUGUGCCCCUCUUAUAUCGAAAAACAUAUGCUUUGGCUGCCAAGUGACUUUGCCAUGCAUGUGAAACAUCUUAUUACGAAUUCUGGUAAUCUUACCCUUCGUGUUUCGGAAGGGAGCACAACGAGAACUUGGACUGUUGGAAUGAAAUAUGAAAAAGAAAGAGCCAAAUUCCAGUCUGGAUGGAGUGAAUUUGUGCAAGACAAUAAACUAAAUCAUGGUGAUGUGUGUGACCUCAUGUUAAUUGACAAAAAUGAACUUUUAUUUGAAGUUAAGAUUUUCCGAGCAAGAGAAGCUGUGGAUUGCACCUUCUCACCGGAUAUUGAUGAAGCUGAUGCACAUCACGAGCAUGAUGAUGACAAUGGUGAUAAUGAUGCUGCUCAUGACAAUCGUUCAUUCACAAUUAUCAUACGACAGUCUUAUACUACUCGUUUGCCAGUGCCUGCUAAGUUCCACAAACACGCUACUAAGAAGCCUGAUACGGCUAACCUGAGUCUUCCCAGUGGGAGGAGAACUUGGCCUAUUUCAUUGAAAUAUGAGGUUUCAACAGAAAGAGUCAGAUUCCAGUCCGGUUGGAGCAAGUUUGUACGAGACAAUCAUUUAAAGUUGGAAAUGCCUGUGAGUUUGUGUUGACUGAUGAAACUAGACUUUCAUUUGAAGUUCAUAUAGAAGCUGCUAAAUGCACCUUGCCAGGUAAGUCCCUUAACUUUUGAAUUGUUAGUGAUUGAAGCAGUGCCAAAGUGACUGACUACGCGGCAUCACUUCCAUCCACUGAGAUGGGCAUGCAGAUGAUGAUGAAGCUGAAGAUGAGGGUGAUGACAGUGAUAGUGAUUGUGA